AUGGCCGGGAAGUUGUGGGAGAUGGCCGUGCUGUCCGGACAGUGGACGUGGGGCGAUGACCUGCCGAAGUCGCAGGAGUGGCUGCCUGUUUCGAAAACGAACUCGCAGCGACUCAUGGAAAACAACGCCUUCAUCGUCAUCCGCGCGAAGGGCAAGUACAGCCGAUUCCGCAAGGUCGUGGAGGACGAGGCUUCGGACCUGACCCUGUGGCAGAACUCGGGAAUGGAGAAGCUUCUCUUGCGCCAAGUCAAGGACAACUUCAUGUGGUGCGUCCACGCCGACCACAACCCUGAGGAGGGUCUGGUGAGGUUCUCGGCUGUGUCGUGCUCCUCUGCUCGCCUGAUGACGACCGUGGACUUUUGCGAUCAAAAGAACAUCAGCAUCCGUGACUUGGAGGCAUCCUUUAAGGAGAGAGCUGCGGAGGCAGACCUCAUCACACGCCAGCAGCAAGUGAUCCUGGUCAGUUCCGUGACGGGGGGGCUUUUGAGCCAAGUUUUGACGUUUGUGUGGGGACCAAGGGCACACGCCGCACUAAAGCCGCGGAAGCGUGUCCUCAGGAAAACGGCUGCCAACACGGUCGCACUUCAGAAGCUGUUUGAACCCGUGAACUUUUAG